AGGUGCUGGCAGAAGGCAGAGGGUCGGCGGCGGCCGCAGACUCGCACUGAUCUUGCGAUCAGUCCUCUCCCGCUGUGUUGUAUCCCGCGCCGCUGCACCAUGGACGCCCCGACACAGGUGGUCAACUUCGGGCCGGGGCCCGCCAAGCUGCCUCGCUCGGUAUUGUUAGAGAUACAAAAAGAAUUGUUAGACUACAAAGGAGUUGGGAUUAGUGUUCUUGAAAUGAGCCACAGAUCGUCAGAUUUCGCUAAGAUUGUUAACAACACAGAGAAUCUUGUGCGGGAAUUGUUAGCCGUUCCAGACAACUACAAGGUGAUUUUUGUGCAAGGAGGUGGGUCCGGCCAGUUCAGUGCUGUCCCCUUAAACCUGAUUGGCCUGAAAGCAGGAAGGUGUGCCGACUAUGUGGUGACAGGAGCUUGGUCAGCUAAGGCUGCAGAAGAAGCCAAGAAGUUUGGGACUGUGACUAUCGUCCACCCUAAACUUGGGAGUUAUACGAAAAUUCCGGAUCCCAGCACCUGGAACCUCAGCCCGGACGCCUCCUAUGUGUAUUACUGCGCCAAUGAGACCGUGCACGGAGUGGAGUUUGACUUUAUACCUGACGUCAAGGGGGCGGUGCUGGUUUGCGACAUGUCCUCGAACUUCCUAUCCAAGCCAGUGGAUGUUUCCAAGUUCGGAGUGAUUUUCGCGGGCGCGCAGAAGAACGUGGGCUCCGCGGGGGUCACGGUGGUGAUCGUGCGCGAGGACCUGCUGGGCUUCGCCCUCAGAGAGUGCCCCUCGAUCCUCGACUACAAAGUGCAGGCCGGGAACAACUCGCUCUACAACACGCCUUCGUGCUUCAGCAUCUACGUCAUGGGCCUGGUCCUGGAGUGGAUUAAGAACAACGGUGGUGCAGCAGCCAUGGAGAAGCUUAGCUCCAUCAAAUCUCAGAUGAUUUACGAUAUUAUUGAUAAUUCUCAAGGCUUCUAUGUGUGUCCAGUGGAGCCCAGGAACAGAAGCAGGAUGAAUAUCCCAUUCCGCAUUGGCAGCCCCAAGGGAGAUGAUGCUUUAGAGAAGAGAUUUCUCGAUAAAGCUCUUGAACUCAACAUGAUCUCUUUGAAAGGGCAUCGGUCUGUGGGAGGCAUCCGGGCCUCUCUGUAUAAUGCUGUUACAAUCGAAGAUGUUCAGAAGCUGGCAGCUUUCAUGAAGAAUUUUUUGGAGAUGCAUCAGCUGUGAACACAUCCUAACCAAUAUAUACUCUGCCCUUGAACAAUGUACAAAAUGUAAAGUAACUUGGGAAGGGCUACAAAAACUUAGACACGGUAUUUUUCUCGAACCAAUAUGUUUAUUAUAGAUUCUUUUUUAAAGAACAGCAAAACAUCCACAGCUGUGCAAAGCUGGUGGGACUCAAUGGAAAUCUUAAUAUAACUUGAACUGGAAGCAUUUAAAAAAUCUUCCUCUUGUUUUUCUAACAAAUUCGGGCUUAUUUUGUCUUUGCUGCUACUUUUUCUAGCUAGAUCUCAGUAUUCAAACUUGCCUGUGGGCUUAAUUAUGCAAAUUGAUGUUAAUUAUUUCUGGAGACACACAAACACACAGCCUGGAGCGUGGGUGGGGCCCACUGGGUGCUGAAUCUUGAUCCUUUCAAAGUGACAGCAGUGGAAUCUCAGCAGCUGUUAAUUCAGGUCAACAUUGACCAUGUGAUUUUAGGAGUUCUGUGCUACAGGGCAAACUGGAAUCUUUCUUGAUACUGUUAUUCUAAGAGAUAGAAGUGACAUACUAUAUGUUUAUCUAGCAAGGUCUGUUUUUAAUACUGAAUAGUUUAUAUCUCUAUGCAAUGUAUUUCCACUAAUACGGUUCUCGGUGGUUUAUGUAGAGACUUUGAGAGUGUGUUAGCAUCCUUGCACUGUGCCUUAUAGCACUACAUUCUCAACAGUGAUGGCCCUCCGCUCCGCCUUCCUUUUUAAGCUGCUUCCCAAGAUUAAGCUCCCUGAUUCACUUGUACUUUCCUUUCCGUGGGUAGCGGAGGAGGUUGGUUGGUUGGUUGGUUGGUUCUUUAUUUUUCAGUCAUUCCAUUAAGCUGAAAUCCCCUGGUAAACCCCCUCAUCGUUUGUUCACUUGACUGUUCUCUUCGUAGUGUUUGACCAGUGAUGCUGUGACUUCCAGAAGAUCUUUGCUGAAGACUCUUUUCCCCUGUUGUGUAUCCAUUGUCAGUAUUUUAUGUUGAAUAUGUGAAAGACAUUAAAGUCCUAAAAUACCCAAA